GGACACAGAACUGGACUUGUAGGUUAGCUGGCAGCAUUGUUCAUGGACCGUUCAAAUCCAGUCUGUCAAGACCUCUAAAGCAGAACUGUGCCUCAGUCAAUCAGGACAGAAGGAAAGCGAGGGAAAACGUGAGAGAGGGAGCGAAAGAAAAGAGAGUAAGAGUGAGAGAGAGAGUGAGGGAGCGAGAGAAAGAGAGAGAGAAAGAGAAGAAAAGAGUGAGUGCAACAGAGAGAGAGUGGAAACGUGCAAGAGAGGACGAGACAGUGAAGGAGAGAGCGAGUGGGGGAGCGAGCGAUAGGAGGAGAGAAUUUGCUUAAAGGAAGAAUUUUUGGUGGAUUGGCUCAAAACCACCAUGGAAACUACAUCAGAAGAGAACCAAGGGCAGAGCCAGGACAAAAAAGGUUGCUUUGAGUGCUGCAUCAAGUGUUUGGGCGGGGUCCCUUAUGCAUCUCUGGUGGCCACCAUCCUGUGCUUCUCUGGGGUAGCCCUGUUCUGUGGCUGCGGACAUGUGGCACUUACAGGCACCGUCACCAUCCUGGAGAACCACUUCUCCAAGGUCACCAGUGAUCACGCCAUGCUGACCGACAUAGUGCAGCUGAUGCAGUAUGUCAUCUAUGGCAUCGCCUCCUUCUUCUUCCUGUAUGGGAUUAUACUGCUAGCGGAGGGCUUCUACACCACCAGCGCGGUCAAGGAGCUGCACAGCGAGUUCAAGACCACCAUCUGUGGACGCUGCAUCAGUGGCUUGUUUGUGUUCCUGACUUACAUCCUGGGCGUGGCCUGGCUGGGCGUGUUCGGCUUCUCUGCCGUGCCUGUCUUCCUCUUCUACAACAUGUGGUCCACCUGCGCCGCCAUGCGGUCCCCCAUGGCCAACCUCACCAACCUGGACUCCAUCUGCGUUGACGUCCGUCAGUACGGAAUUAUCCCAUGGAACGCUACGCCAGGCAAAGCUUGCGGGUCCACACUAGGAGACAUCUGCAACACCAGCGAGUUCUACUUGUCUUACCACCUGUACAUUGUAGCGUGUGCUGGAGCUGGGGCCACCGUCAUUGCUCUGCUGAUCUACAUGAUGGCUACCACUUAUAACUUUGCUGUUUUGAAGUUUAAGAGUCGAGAAGACUGCUGCACUAAGUUUUAAUUCCUCUUAAGAAAACAGCACAGCGCAGUCUAUGACACUGCACUGGGUAGAGACAGCAGCCACUCACAUCAAUGGACUAAAAACUGAAAAAUAGACAAAAAAGCAUCUCUCCAUUAGAAAUUCACAGUAAAAGUGUAAAUAGCUGAUUGUAUGCAUCUUUUAGCGUUUGAUAUCCAGGUAGAGGCCUCUCUGAGAGGCCCCCGUGGAGAGUGGGCGUCAGAAUGAAGUGGUAUAAAAUUGGCAGGAUUUUCCUUUACCCCAGUGUUUUUAGGGAUCUCAUAAAUGAUAUAAAACAGCCCUUUCAGCUGAUAGCACUGAUAUGAUUGACCAUGAGAAAAAAUAACUGACUCUGUUAUGAUGCUGUUCUUCUGUCCGUGUCAAAGAUAAGUUCUCCACAGCCAAGGCUUCUUAUUUAAAGCGAUGAAGUACAGUAUUUGUUCGUUGUGCCACAUUUCAGACAUUUCUACUUCGGCAAAGUGCCUUAUUCCCAAUUCUGUCUUAGUUUUAAUCAUUUAUACUUUUCUAUUUUCUUGAUGCAAGCCAGGGGAGCCACAAAGUGUUACACAGAGAAUUUUCAGUAUUACUUCUGUCACACUAGAUCCUAAAUGUAGCUUGACACGUUUCAUCUGCAGUGUCUGAUGAAAUUGACAAGAUGUACAGUUCUGUACAGUAGAAUUCAAAUUAACUGCACACACACAUACCUAGCAAGUAUUAUAAAAGUAAGGCCAGUACCAGAGGUAUACUGCUGCUGGUCAUCUAUAGCCUCACUUUAAGACUUCAUAUAUUUUAUAAAGAAGGUUUCUUUUUCCUAUUUUAGAAGAGUAAGUGUCUUUUUUUAUGAGACCUGAUGCCUUUAUAGGUUCAGCUGAUGUUUUUGUUUCAUCAAUUUCUUUUAUUCAUCCAGAAAAAGUUGUUUAAAGUUGUUUGUUUUUUAACACUGAGCCUGCAUGCUUACAUUUUUGGACUCCUUAAUCUGUUUAUGAUGACUUAUAUUUCAUAAAUAUUUAAUUCUAUCCAUAGAUUUUGAAGACUGUAGUUAUCAUUUUUCUCUUUCUAUACAAAAUAAACAAUCUUUGUUUACAAAAUA